GGAAAAAGAGAUAGGUGCAGGGUUACUUUUACAGGAAAAGUUGAGAGGGGGAAUAAAGUUCGUGGCAAAGGCGGAUCCAGGGGCAUCUGAAAGGGGGGUGGGCGGCAAUACCAUUAGGUUUUUCGUUAGGAUGGAGCCCGCAGAACCUUACCUACCCCCAAAUCCUAUUCUUUCCUCGGGUUUCAGCCACUUUAUUUUGGAAGGUUGCCAAAAAAUAAUUUUGCUAAAAAAUAUACGCACCUACCUUGGCUGUAAGGGGCGGGGAGGUCCCAACUUGACUGCGCCCUUGCAAAUGCCAAUCAGUAGUAUCAACCUAUCAGUGGUAUCAAUAACUAGUAGGUAUACCCCGGCCAAACAUUAAGUAACGCCUUUCUAAAGAGAGAGGUUAAUCCGCGCCCUGAUUGGAGGUCAUUUUGGCCCCCAUGUGGGUUUUCUUGAAAAGCGAAAAACGGCGGCGCGCAGCGCCGCCAAAUUUUUAGUACCUUACCGGGCAUCAAUUUGAAACCUUCGCACAAAAUUUCAAGUCUUAGGUCACCUUAGGUCAGGAGUAAUUGAUGUCAAACUGUUCGAGCAAAAAUGAGCAAAAAACAUGAAAUUCUUAAACGCUCACAAAAGCUACAGUUAAGCAAUUCCAAAGUUCUUUGUGUGGUCGUGUAUGUAGAGAAACGACGGCGCUACAAAACUGCAACCUCUACAACUACAAGUGAUAAAAUGUCACAAGAGCCUCUGGACUUCUGCUCUGGUGGCCUCUGCCAGUCCAUUUCAGCCAGUUCUGCCACCAGUGAUGGGUUUGAAGCAGAGAACCUCCUGUCUCCUGCUAGCAGAGGAUUUCUGGCUGCGGGCUUUGUGCGGCCGCCUGUGACACUCACGCUCGAGUUCUGCUGCCCCGUAGAACUGCGCCAGGUGCGGAUAUGUCUGAGGCUGAGUCAGCAGCACACUACCAGUGUCCAGCUGCUGGUGGCCGGCCCAGGCAGUGACGACUGGCAGCCAGCUGGCUCUCUCUGGGAGCAGCACGGCCAGCCGCCACCUGACGAGGUGUCGUUUGUGAACGGUGCGGCGUGCGGCGGCCGCGGCGGCUCCGGGCCGCCCCCUGCCGCGCUGCGCCUGCCGCUCAGAUGUCGGGACCGCGCAGCGCUCAGGCGCGUGGCGCGCCUCAGGGUGAGGCUGACCCGCGCGCGCGGCCCCAGCGCGCUCUGUCUGAGCAGUCUGCGCGUGUGGGCGGUGGCCGCGGAGCCGAGCCACCCGGCGCUGAGAGCCGCGCUAAGCCAGCGGGCGGCCGCGGCGGCAGCCAGCACUCCCAGUCAGCCGGCGCCGGCGGCCUCACCACAGUCUGGCGAGCAGCGACUGGCGCGGGAGCGGGAGAGCCGCGCCGCGGCGGUCCGCGCGGCCGUGGAGCGCACCGGCCCCACUCCGCCGGAGGAGUUCGUCGACCCCAUCACGUGCGAGGUGAUGCUGCUGCCGAUGGUGCUUCCCUCUGGUCAGACGGUGGACCGCAGCACGCUGGAGCGCCACGAGCGCGCCGAGGCCGGCUGGGGCCGCCCGCCCAGCGACCCGUUCUCUGGCGUGCCGUUCGGCGGCGGCGCGCGGCCCGUGCCGGACGCCGCGCUCAAGGCGCGCAUCGACCACUUUCUGUUCGAGCACGCCGGCGCGGCGCCGGAGCUGGCCGCGGUCGGCCGCACCGUGGGCCGCGCCAAACGGUCGGCGUCCCCGGCACCGCCAACUGCGCCGCCGGCGCAGCGGGCCGCCUACGACCCGCGGGCGGCGGACCCCGGCCCCGGCAGUGACAGAACGGCUGACGGGACAUCGGCCGGGGACCUGGACACUGCCCUGCGGUCGGCCCUCAGUGGACUCAAGUCGUUCCAGCCGCGGCCGGCGGCUCCGACGGCGCCCGCCUGCGGCUGCGGCGCCGAGCGCAACCUGUACUCUCUUCCCUGUGCGCACGCCGCCUGUCGCGCCUGCCUGCUCCGCCUUCCCAAGGCGGCAGAGUGCGGCACCUGCCGCAAAACGUUCCAGAAGGCAGACGCCGUCAGAUUACACACCUAGAAGCUAAUAGAGGGAUUUAUAUUCAAUGGUUGUGAUCUAUUGCUUACACUCAUCAAAUCUUGUUUUGUAUAAUUGUACGUGGCCGGCAGUGUCACUCAGUCAGUUGACUGUUAAAUAUUGAUGAAGUUGAGUAUCGUGGUUAAAACUAUGAUAAUUCGCCGACGUACCGGUGGCAAUGCCAGCUCAUGUCCGUCUCUUAUCUCAACUAAACGGAAUGCUCCCGUGACUGGCAAUAAAGAUGUCGUAAAUGUGCAGUUUAAAAAACAUUUAAAACUAAUAUUUCAACAUGUAUAUUAUAAAGUGACAGAAAAUACACGAUAUACGCACC